AUGGAGGUGCUGCAUCGUUCCGAGACGCCUCAGGCGCGCCGCAACGAGCUGCCUGCCAAUGGUCCGGGGGAUCUCGCGGGCAUGGCGAGCCAUGUGCCGAUGGACGGAAUCGCGACGCCGUCAAGGAGCCAGCCCAGGAAUCUGCCCGCGACCGACAGCCAGCUUGGCGCCGAUCCGGCUUCGAACAUCGACGGACGCGCCGAGUAUGCGGGCUAUGGACAACUGGGGGAGGCCGUCGACCACUACCACAGCCACAGCCACGAUCAGGCGCACUACGGAAUCGACGGCCGUGACGAACGAGAGCUCGAGCCGCCACCUGGUCGAGUCCUCGAGGACCUAGCGGGCGCCCCCACAGCCGCUCGAACCCAGACGCCGUUCUCCGGGCUGCCCGCCCCAGCGUCACGCCCGACGACGCAUAGCUUCGCGUCGCACAUCACGCCGCUCGGACUAGCCGAGCCGAUCCAGGGCCGUUUCCAGACCAGCAGCUCUGCGUUUGCUGGCAUCGGCGACCCGCAUGCUGGCCACUUCUACGCUUCCGACGGCCUCGCGCAGCGCAGCAACGUCUCGGACGUGCGUACGAGCCAGACGUCCGCCAGUGAAGGCAGGCGACCCGGCCACUUUCUUGGGUUGCCUCCCAACGUGCCCGAGAUCAGAGCGGGCAUGCUGUCAAGCAUCGCUAUGCCUCCCAACCCUCCUGCAACGACGGCAGUCACCCCACUGCGGCCCCCGGCGCGAAGGUCGUUGAGCACUCUCGACUUCGAGCACAAGCAGAUCCAGCAGAGCGGCGACGAGCCGAGCUGGCUCACGGCGGCGGUGGGCGAGACUCAGCAGCAUCAAUACUACCGCGGCGAGGAGCGCAACGUCGGCGGCACCGAACGCGGCGCCGACGAUGAGCGUGGCUACGCUGUGGAAGAUGUCGCCAACGCCGGCAAGCAGCACGAGGCGGCUCCGGCAUGGUCAGAGCCGAUCAGGCGCCUGGAAGACGCCGUCGCAGGGCUGCAGACGGGAGAGUCUCGGAUCAUCAGCCUGCUGAGGUCGGUACGGCGCGAAACCAAGGAGCGCGACGACGAGCUGGCCCGCGUGCAGCUCGACUCCUGGAGGAUGCUGCAUGUCGCAUUCGAGCAGAGGCAGGUGAUGUACGUCCAGGCCAAGAGCCUCGAGCAGAAGGUCCAGGCCCACGGCAAGGCGAUCGACUCGCUCCUCGCGACGGCCUCGGGCCUCGCUGCGUCCAACGCUGCGUCCAACGCUGCAUCCAACGAAUCGCAAGUGCGUGCUGAUCCCGGUCUAGGUCUCAAGAAGGGCGGCAAAUUUACGACAGCGGCUGGCAAGGCGCUGUCUGCGCAGAUGGACGAGAUCCAGGCCGGGGUGUCACAGCUGCGGAGCGCCUGGGGAGAGACGGGAAACGAGGUCAAGGGGCUAGGAAAGCAGAUCCAGUCCCUCCAACAUGCGAUCAUGGGGAUUCAGCAGACCCUUGCUCUCAAUGCCGGUGCCUCACGCUCGCAAAGCGGUGCCACCUCGGAACGCCGCGACCGCUCGACGUCGGCUUACCACCUCCAACAGCAGCAGCAGCAUCACCAGCAGAUGCAGCAACACGUGCAACUGCAGCAGCAGCAGCAGCAGACGGCUCGGCAGAGCGCGGCGUACAACCCACCCGUCACUCUGAUGAGACCAGCACACCCAUACUACGAAGUCCUGCCCGCGCUCAGCAGCCUGGCGGGCACCAGCGCGGCCAGGAUGCCAGCCUCUAACCGGAGCGAACCCGCUCCCGUCGGCGCUGCAACGUCAUUGGCGUCAUCGCACCCUCUGGUCUCCAACCCGCUUAAACUCCCGAACCAGGGUCGAGAGGCGGGCGCUGCAUCUGCACACGAGUAUGCUGGAGCAUGGAUCGACGCCCUGGGCGUCGCCGACAUCGUGCAGCCUGAUGAUGCAGCGCUGCCGUUGGAUCCGUCACAAUCCGGCAUCUCCCUGCUGACGUCUGCGGCGGCGGCAAAGUGCGAAGACAGCUUCUACACAAACUGCGCCCCAAGGUCGGAAGCAGCUUCGACUCGCGCAAGCGACGGCAUCGCCGAACGACUGCAGUAUGGCCCCGGCCCUCAAGUGCCUCUUUCGGCGUCGGCCGGUCCUCCGUCAUCCCAGGGCCACGAAACGGCCAAGCUUCCGAUGAGCCUCUAUACCAGCAUGGCGGCUGGAUCUUCAGCGCCGCGCGCCUACGCGGCGUCCAGCAGCACCCUUGCUGAAGCCUUCGGCAGCAACCCGCCCCAUCGUCCGCGGCUGGCGGCCGUUGAUGCCUCCACUGCGUCACCGCGAGGCCGCAGCGAGCGAGUGCAGAUCGGCGAGUCCUCUACCUUGGCUCGCUUCUUCGGCGGUUCGAUGCCGGAUGCACGCUCGAAAGAGGGCACCACCGAGCCGCUCGAGGGUGAGCGCAGCGGCGUGGCCAGCACUGCGGCUGAUGUUUCUGCACUUGCCAGCUACGCCCGGCUGUCGUCGUGGGCUCCGGGCGCAAAGAGCCCGCUCUGCAGCGACCGCCAGGACGUGGAACGCUCGCGUCUACACAGGCAAGAAGUCGACGAAGCAUCUGAACAGGCACAUUCGGAGCGGACGACGGCUGCUGCCGAGGACGAGAACGCCAAAGCAGCGCUCGAGGUCAGCGCCUCGACCUUGCGGGCGGAAGUCGACGCCGAGGACGACGGCAAAGCCGUCGAUGUCCAAGGCCCGCCAGCGGCUGCCGCAUCCAAGCCGACCAAGCGUUGCCGAACGUCGGGCAGCAAGACCUCGACCCAGGCGCGCAAGAAGUCGAAGCGCGCCUCCUCGAAGGCACCGGAUGCGCCUGCGCCUGCGUCGGCUCCUGCCUCGGCUGCUGCUGCGCCGGCGGCCGUGGCAUCGGAAGAGGUUGUUCAGAAAGCCUCGUCGAGCCCGCUUUCCGUCGAAGAAGAGCGGCCGCCAUCUCGAGAGUCGUCGACCAGGCGCCAGCUGCGCCAGCUCCCGCAGCGCGUCCAACAGCAGGCAGGGUCCUCCAAUGGCGGCCGCAAAGAUGACCGCGAGCGCACGGCGGCGCCCGGCAGCGAGGCCUGA